AUGCUAAUUGCAGGAGCAAAGUUCCGGCACACGACGACCGGCAGACUGCAGCACCUGCGAGGAGGACCGGUCACGGACACGACGACGGGUGGCAUUUCGGACGGCGACAUCCUAGAACGCGCGUUCACGGAGCCGGACGAGAGUGACAUGCCCAGGAAUCGGCUGUACCGGGCGAUGGAUGAGUAUCUGACGGAGAUGAAGGCGCGUGAGCACUCGCACCCGGCAGUGUCGCUGUCUGGGGGAGUGGACUCGAUGGUGGUGGCGGUUGACGAGGUGAAGCGAGCGACCACGAAAGGUGAUGACUACGAGCGCGUGUCGCGGGAGAUCCGGUACUCGGCGUAUGCGGAUGCGGACGGAGCUGCUGAAAGGAGACCAUGCCAUUGUGCAGGGGAGGAAUAG